AUGGCGAUUAAGAACGUUGAUGUACAGCAAAGAGCCUCCCCUCCCCCCCCCCCCUCUCUACCCCCUCCUGCUCCGCCCCCUCCCUCCACCCCUCCAAGCAUUGAUGGAUUUAUCUGCAAGCUAGGAAACCCAGGCCGAUACCAGAUUGUUAUUAUGCUGUUACUAUCAACAAAUUAUAUACCUGUUGUUAUAAACCAUCUUUUAAUGGCCUUUUACACAGCACCUUCACAACAUUACUGCAAGGUGCCGGACAAUGUGUACAAGGAACUGUACAUACCAGUGUACGGGAAUGAAUCAAAAUUUGACAGCUGUGCUAUGUACAUAGAUCCUUCUAACCGCAGCGCUGGAACUACAGAAUGCCAGGAUGGAUAUGAGUUUGAGUUUGAGAAUAAGAAUGAAUGGACGAUUACAGCAGAGUGGGAACUAGUUUGCUCAAGAGGUUUUCUUUCUCCUCUCCUCACAACUACAUAUUUCUGCGGAGUUAUGGUCGGAGGUGUCAUUUUUGGAUCCCUUUCAGAUAGGUUUGGAAGGAAGAGUAUGAUGUUAAUAUGCUUGUAUACACAAUGUAUUAUUGGAAUAGGAAUACAUUUCAUUCAAUCCCUAGUUCUAUUUAUUGGGCUUAGAUUCAUUCAAGGAAUAUUCAUUCAGGUGAAUACAUUUAUCCAGGGGAUAUUUAUUUAUUCAUCUAGGAGAUACAUUCAUCCAGGGGAUAUUCUUUUAUAAUCAUCUAGGAGAUAC